AUGCAAAUGAACCUUAAACUAUGGUAUUUUUCAAGCUUCACAUGUCCCUAUAUAUAUGUCUAUGUUAAGUCUAAGUUGAUUGCAAUUGCGUUAAUGGGUAUGGAACAUCAAAUCCAAAGGGCUAAGGAUGACAGAUUCUGUGAGAAACUGAAGAUGAAGAAUAAGCCCAAGUUUGUUGGAGUGAGACAAAGGGCUUCAGGGAAAUGGGCAGCAGAAAUCAAAGACACGUCAAAGAAGAUUAGAAUGUGGCUUGGCACUUAUCAAACUGCAGAGGAAGCUGCUCGAGCUUAUGAUGAAGCUGCUUGUCUCCUUAGAGGUUCAAACACUCGCACCAAUUUCUCUACUCAUGGGUGUAGUAGCAUUGCUACAAAUUCUCCUAUUUCACUAAAACUAAGAAAUCUCCUUGAUCGUAAAGCCAUGUCAAAUCAAGGCCAAGUUCAAAACCACUCUUCUAGUAUAAGUCCAACUUUCCAAGGUGCAAUUGGUCCAAAUGCUAGUACCAUCAAUAACAUCAUGGUCAUGGAAGAAACCUCAGCUUGUGGUGGUGAAGGUGAGUCUUUGUUUGUGGUUCAGAACCAAGUCUCUGAUAAUAUGUAUGCAGUAGAUAUGAAUAUGAUCAAUUGUGCGAUGAGUGUCACACCAAAUGCAUCGCAGCUUGAUUUCUCUUGGCCUCUGGCCCAACAAAGGAUAAACAAAUUACCUUUACCGAAAGAUGGUCUGAAUGUAGAAAGGCAAUUAUCAAACCUGGUAUAUGCCACGAAUGAGUUCCAUCAUGUGGAGGAUUCAUAUGAAUAUGAGUAUGAUUAUGAUGUGAAUUAUCCUCUCUCUCACUUUUUAUGCUUCACAUGA